AUGUUUCGCGCACAGCAGAAUGCUUUUGACGAUGUCGUAGUCAAGGCAACCGACGAGAACCUCACCUCCGAAAACUGGGGCCUCAUCCUCGACGUCUGCGACAAAGUCUCCGGCUCCGAAACCGGCGCCAAAGACGCCGUCCAAGCCCUCAUCAAGCGCCUCGCCCAUCGCAAUGCCAACGUGCAGCUCUACACACUGGAACUGGCCAACGCGCUCAGCCAGAACUGCGGGCCGGCGCUGCACAAGGAGCUAGCGUCGCGGAGUUUUACAGAUGCAUUGUUGAGGCUGGCGGCGGAUCGGAAUACCCAUCAGCAGGUGAAGGCCAAGAUAUUGGAGAGGAUGGCGGAUUGGACGGAGAUGUUUGCGAGGGAUCCCGAUUUGGGGAUCAUGGAGCAGGCCUAUAUGAAGUUGAAGGCUCAGAGUAGGUGGAUCAUGCGUAUAUACCCUACAUUGCGCCCUCCUUCCAAACCGUUGAAGAUGCAAAUCUCCGAACUCGAUCGCCAGAAGGAGGAGGAGGAGCUUCAAAUGGCUCUGAGGAUGUCUAUACAAGAAUCCAAAGGAGCCUCUCCCUCCGCUGCGAAGUCCAACGCCCCCAAGGAUCCCAGCUCUACCUCACAGCCCGCACAAGCGCCACAGUCCGUUCCCUCGGGCACCACUGCCGCCACAGUCUCUCGAGUACGCGCACUGUUCGACUUCCAGCCUUCCGAACCGGGCGAGUUGCAGUUCCGCAAAGGCGAUAUCAUCGCAGUCCUAGAGUCUGUGUAUAAAGAUUGGUGGAAGGGUUCGCUGCGAGGACAGACUGGUAUCUUCCCUCUCAACUACGUUGAAAAAUUGCAAGAUCCUACGCCUGAAGAGCUGGAGCGGGAGGCGCAGAUGGAGGCCGAGGUGUUUGCCCAGAUCCGGAAUGUGGAGAAGCUGCUGGCCCUGUUGAGUACGAGCUCACAGUCGGGCGGUGUUGAUGUGAGGGACAAUGAGGAAAUCACGGAGUUGUACCAUUCUACGCUGGCGAUUCGACCGAAACUGAUAGAGCUUAUUGGAAAGUAUUCGCAGAAGAAGGACGACUUCACCCAGCUGAACGAGAAGUUCAUCAAGGCGCGGCGAGACUACGAAUCUCUGUUGGAGGCUUCCAUGUCCCAACCACAACAACCCGCCUAUGGUCGGCCUUACGGAUACAAUGCUCCUCCUCCAGUAUCCUACGGUUACCCUCCGAGCUCACCAACCCCACAGCAAGAGCCCGGCCGUUACGGCUACGGCGGACCUCCUGCUGGACCGCAAGAGCCUCCCUCACAGUACCCGCCUGCAGGUGCUAAUUCAGCCUUCUAUGUAGUGCCACCAGGUUCACAACCGCAGCAGCAGCAACGGCCCCCUCAGCAGCAGACACCCAAACCUUCUCAACCUACCGAUGCGUAUCCUCCACAACAAGGACGCAUACCCACAGCACGACCCCAGAGCUUCGCUCCCCAGGAACUAGCCACAGGGCACUACGACUCUCCCGUCGACCACCGUCACUCAUACGCCGCGCCACCUCCACAGCAACCAGGUUUUGACCCUUAUGCUCCUCCACCAUCCGGACCCGGCCCACAAAACCCAUACGAGCCAGUUUCCUCACCUUAUCAAGGCCCAGCACCUACUCAACCACAACAACCCCCACCACCUGCACAGCAAGAUAUCUCGCCCCCCUCAGCCCCUUAUUCGCAACCUCCUCCCGCUCAGGGUCAACCGCCACAGGGCAGCGGAUACGGCUACCCGCCGGCCCAACCUUCGCACGCACCGCCCACCAUUCCGUCGGCCGCGAGCCCCGUGUACGGCGCUCCGCCUCAGGGCCCUGGAGCGUCGGCGCAGUAUUUGCCGUAUCGACCCGGACCGGGCGCGGGCGCGGGGGUCGGGGCACCGAGUGCGCCUGUGGGAGGUGGGGGUGGUGGGGAUGAGGGGUUUUACCGUUGA